GGUGGUGUUGAUGACAUGACAAAGCUGUCUUACUUGCACGAACCUGGUGUUCUUCAGAACUUGAAGAUCAGAUAUGAACUUAAUGAGAUCUAUACAUACACAGGAAACAUCCUAAUCGCGAUUAAUCCGUUUCAACGGUUGCCUCACAUCUAUGAUGCCCAUAUGAUGCAACAAUACAAAGGAGCACCAUUUGGAGAACUAAGUCCUCAUGUUUUUGCAGUUGCUGAUGUUGCAUACAGGGCCAUGAUUAAUGAGGGCAAAAGCAAUUCGAUUCUUGUAAGUGGCGAGAGCGGAGCAGGAAAAACUGAAACCACUAAGAUGCUUAUGAGGUACCUUGCAUAUUUGGGAGGUCGUGCAGUUACAGAAGGACGGACUGUUGAACAACAAGUUCUUGAAUCAAAUCCUGUUCUUGAAGCCUUUGGGAAUGCAAAAACUGUGAGAAAUAACAACUCCAGUCGCUUUGGUAAAUUUGUUGAAAUCCAAUUUGAUAAGCAAGGAAGAAUAUCUGGAGCUGCUAUAAGGACCUAUCUUCUAGAGAGGUCUCGUGUGUGUCAAAUCUCUGAUCCGGAGCGCAAUUACCACUGCUUCUAUCUUCUUUGUGCCGCACCGCAGGAGGAAAUUGAAAAGUACAAGCUGGGUCAUCCAAAGACCUUUCAUUAUCUGAACCAGUCUAAGUGCUACGAGCUUGUCGGUAUAAGCGAUGCUCAUGAUUAUCUUGCGACAAGGAGAGCUAUGGAUAUUGUCGGAAUCAGCGAAAAAGAACAGGAAGCAAUUUUCAGGGUGGUUGCUGCAAUUCUUCAUAUUGGAAACAUUGAAUUUACUAAGGGAAAGGAAGUUGAUUCAUCAGUUCCCAAGGAUGAGAAGGCGAAAUUUCAUCUUAAGACAGCAGCGGAACUUCUCAUGUGUGAUUUGAAGGCACUUGAAGAUGCAUUAUGUAAACGUGUUAUGAUCACACCAGAGGAAGUUAUUAAGAGAAGUCUAGAUCCACAGAGUGCAGUUACCAGCAGGGACGGUCUCGCUAAGACAAUCUAUUCUCGAUUGUUUGAUUGGUUGGUAGACAAGAUUAAUAAGUCGAUUGGACAAGACGCCAAUUCUAGGUCCCUAAUUGGAGUUCUGGACAUUUACGGAUUUGAGAGCUUCAAAGCUAACAGUUUUGAACAGUUCUGUAUUAACUUCACUAAUGAGAAGUUGCAGCAACAUUUCAAUCAGCACGUUUUCAAGAUGGAACAGGAAGAGUACACAAAAGAAGCAAUAGAUUGGAGCUACAUUGAAUUUGUGGACAAUCAAGAUGUUCUUGAUCUUAUAGAAAAGAAGCCUGGCGGAAUUGUUGCUCUCCUUGAUGAAGCUUGUAUGUUUCCAAAAUCAACCCACGAAACAUUUGCAAACAAGUUAUAUCAGACUUUUAAGACCCACAAGAGGUUCAUCAAACCAAAACUCUCUCGAACAGAUUUUGCCGUUGCCCAUUAUGCUGGAGAAGUUCUAUAUCAGUCUGAUCUAUUUCUGGAUAAAAACAAGGAUUAUGUGAUCCCUGAACACCAAGAUUUGUUGGGAGCUUCUAAAUGUCCUUUUGUCGUGGGUCUUUUCCCUCCACUCCCUGAAGAAACAUCUAAAUCUUCAAAGUUUUCAUCCAUUGGCUCUCGUUUUAAGCUCCAACUCCAGCAACUGAUGGAAACAUUAAAUUCUACCGAGCCUCAUUACAUCAGAUGUGUGAAGCCUAACAAUCUUUUAAAGCCUGCCAUAUUUGAGAAUGUGAACAUCAUGCAGCAGCUGCGAUGUGGUGGUGUUUUAGAGGCGAUCAGAAUUAGUUGCGCAGGGUAUCCAACUCGUAAACCUUUUUUUGAGUUCAUAAACCGUUUUGGACUUCUAUCUCCUGCGGCUAUAGAAGGGAACUACGAUGAGAAAGCCGCAUCUAAAAAGAUCUUGGACAAUAUGGGACUUAAAGGAUACCAGAUUGGUAAAACUAAGGUCUUCUUGAGGGCUGGUCAGAUGGCUGAACUCGACGCUAGAAGGGCAGAGGUUCUUAGUAGUGCUGCCAAAAAAAUUCAGAGACGAAUACGAACUCAUCAGGCUCAGAAACGGUUUAUUGUUCUGAGAAAGGCCACAAUAUCUCUCCAAGCUCUAUGCAGAGGAAGACUUUCCUGCAAACUUUACGAAAAUUUGAGACGACAAGCUGCUGCUGUGAAGAUUCAGAAGAAUGGUCGGAGAUAUCACUCUAGAAAAUCGUAUAAAAAGCUCCAUGUUGCUGCGCUUGUUGUACAGACUGGUCUAAGAGCCAUAGCUGCUCGUAAACAAUUCAGAUUCAGGAAGCAAACAAAGGCUGCCACCAUUGUUCAGGCUCAGUGGCGUUGUCACAGAGCAACCACGUACUACAAGAAGCUUAAAAAUGGAGUGAUCCUAUCUCAGACACGAUGGAGAGGCAGACUUGCCAGGAGAGAACUUAGGAAGCUCAAAAUGGCUUCAAGGGAAACAGGAGCACUUAAAGAGGCAAAAGAUAUGCUUGAAAAGAAAGUGGAGGAACUCACAUACCGUGUCCAGCUGGAGAAACGUCUAAGGGGUGAUUUAGAAGAAGCAAAGACUCAGGAGAUAUCAAAACUUCAGAGUUCGUUGGAGGAAAUGCGGAAGAAAGUGGAUGAAACAAACGCAUUGCUUGUGAAAGAACGCGAAGCAGCAAAGAAAGCCGCUGAAGAAGCUCCUCCCGUUAUCAAAGAAACACAAGUUUUAGUUGAAGACACAAAGAAGAUUGAAUUGAUGACAGAGGAACUGGAGAGUGUUAAGGCUACUCUAGAAAACGAGAAACAGAGGGCUGAUGAUGCAGUGAGAAAAUUUGAAGAAUCUCAAGAGUCUCUCGAAGACAAAAGGAAGAAACUGGAGGAGACAGAGAAGAAAGGUCAGCAACUCCAAGAAUCCCUGACUAGGAUGGAGGAGAAGUGCAGCAACUUGGAAUCGGAGAAUAAAGUCUUACGGCAACAGGCUCUGUCCAUGGCACCUAAUAAAUUUCUCUCUGGCCGCUCUCGGUCCAUUUUACAGGUAAAUAAAGACAGUUUAUUGAAAUAUGAGACCGCAAGUAUCUUUUUGGAUCCCUCAGAAGUGGAUGAUAAACCACAGAAAACAUUAAACGAGAAGCAGCAAGAAAAUCAAGAGCUGCUUAUCCGGUGCAUCGUCCAACACUUGGGUUUCCAGGGGAACCGACCUAUCACAGCUUGCAUCAUAUACAAAUGCCUACUGCAAUGGAGGUCAUUUGAAGUUGAAAGAACCAGUGUCUUUGAUCGCAUUAUUCAGACAAUAGGCCAUGCUAUUGAGACUCAAGAUAACAACAACACAUUGGCCUAUUGGUUAUCCAAUGCCUCAACACUCCUCUUACUCCUCCAGCGCACACUCAAAGCUAGUGGUGCAGCUGGGAUGGCUCCACAGCGCCGCCGUUCAUCUUCUGCCACUCUGUUUGGGAGGAUGACUCAGAGCUUCCGUGGGGCACCCCAAGGUGUAAAUCUUGCCCUGAUAAACGGUGCUGGAGGAGGUGGAGCGGAUACUUUAAGGCAAGUUGAAGCGAAAUAUCCAGCUCUACUGUUUAAGCAGCAGCUCACAGCUUAUGUUGAAAAGAUAUACGGAAUGAUUCGGGACAACUUGAAGAAGGAGAUUUCUCCACUCCUUGGAUUGUGCAUUCAGGCACCAAGAACAUCGAGGGCGAGUUUAGUGAAAGGAGCAUCUCGUUCCGUGGCCAACACUGCAGCUCAGCAAGCACUGAUCGCUCACUGGCAAGGAAUUGUGAAGGGCCUUACAAAUUUCCUCAAUACUCUGAAAUCAAACAACGUUCCUUCAUUCUUGGUGCGUAAGGUGUUUACGCAGAUAUUCUCAUUCAUCAAUGUUCAACUGUUUAACAGCUUAUUAUUGAGACGCGAGUGUUGUUCAUUUAGCAAUGGCGAGUACGUCAAAGCUGGCUUGUCUGAAUUGGAACACUGGUGUUUCAAGGCAACAGAUGAGUAUGCGGGUUCUUCCUGGGAUGAGCUUAAGCAUAUAAGACAGGCCAUUGGGUUUCUGGUCAUACACCAAAAACCAAAGAAAACUCUCGAUGAGAUCAGUCAUGAUCUCUGCCCGGUACUAAGCAUACAACAACUAUACAGGAUCAGUACGAUGUACUGGGACGACAAAUACGGCACACAUAGCGUCUCUCCGGAUGUGAUAGCAAAUAUGAGGGUGCUAAUGACAGAAGAUUCGAAUAAUGCUGUUAGCAACUCCUUUCUUUUGGAUGACGACUCAAGCAUUCCUUUCUCUGUUGAUGAUCUAUCAAAGUCGAUGGAGAGAUUUGACAUUGCUGAUAUCGAGCCACCACCUUUAAUCCGGGAGAAUUCUGGAUUUAGCUUUUUAUUGCCACUCUCUGAUUGA